AUGUCAGCGUUCGGAGGCGUUCAGGGCUACGAGACGCUGACCUCCGCUCGACAGCAAGAUCGGCGCAUAGCCCAGGGCCUCGCGCGGAACCCUUCUAAGACGCCAGAGCAUUUGACCCGAGUUUUGUACAUCUCUCCACAUGGCAAUCAAGAGUUUGAAAUGUUCGUUCACGACAUAAGUGCCGAAUACCAUCAAACCAUCAGCCAGUCCCCACUAGGUGGAAGCGACAUCAUUGGCGCUGCUCAAAUGGGAAGCCUCCUUUACAGGACCAGACUGGGCACGAUGAAAAGACCUACCAGUGAUCUUAGCAGCACAGCUCGAUACUUCGUUAAGGCCAGAUUCGAUGCCGAUCUCCAACCCAAGCUGAGUCUGCAGAAGAGAGUGACCCCAGGCGAAAGUUCAGAAGCGACUGUGUGA